AUGACUACUACCCAAACUAUGAAGGCUGUCAACUACCAAGGCCCUUACAAGGUCAAGGUUCAGGAGAUAGAACUCCCUAAGCUGGAGCAUCCUGACGACGUCAUUGUCAAGGUUACGACUGCUGCUAUCUGUGGCUCCGACUUGCACAUGUAUGAAGGCCGAACAGCAGCAGAACCCGGCAUUACUUUUGGUCAUGAGAACAUGGGCAUCGUUGAACAGCUUGGCGAAGGUGUCACGCUGCUGAAGAAAGGAGAUCGAGUCGUCAUGCCCUUCAACGUCGCUGAUGGCCGAUGCCGUAACUGUGAAGAGGGAAGAACUGCUUUCUGCACUGGUGUCAACCCCGGAUUUGCCGGAGGUGCUUAUGGUUAUGUCGCCAUGGGCCCUUAUCGAGGAGGACAGGCUCAGUAUAUCCGAGUUCCUUAUGCUGACUUUAACGCUCUCAAGCUCCCUGCUGGCAAGGAGCAUGAAGCUGAUUUUAUUCUGUUGGCGGAUAUCUUCCCCACCGGAUGGCACGGUGUUGAAAUUUCUGGUUUCCGAUCAGGCGAGAGCGUCGCUGUCUUCGGCGCCGGCCCCGUCGGUCUCAUGGCCGCUUACUCCGCCGUUCUUCGUGGCGCAUCCAGAGUAUUCGUCGUUGACCGUGUUCCUGAGCGCCUUCAAGCCGCUGAGAAAAUUGGCUGCACGCCCAUCGACUUUUCAAAGGGAGAUGCUGUUGACAUGAUCAUCAAGGCUAACGAUGGAGAGGAGGUUGAUCGUUCUGUUGAUGCUGUCGGCUACCAGGCUGUCAGUAAGAGCGGCGAUACUGAGCAGCCCAAUAUCGUGUUGGAAAACAUGAUUCGAGUGACCAGAGCUUGUGGUGGACUGGGUAUUCCAGGCCUGUACGUCCCUAGUGAUCCUGGCGCUUCUGACGAAGCUUCGGCCAAGGGUAUGAUCAGUCUUAGCUUCGGCAAGUUAUUCGAAAAGGGGCUUACUAUCGGCACUGGCCAAUGUAAUGUCAAGUCUUACAACAGAUAUCUCCGAGACCUUAUUAUUUCUGGUCGCGCCAAGCCCAGCUUCGUUGUCUCGCAUGAGAUCAAUAUUGAAGAAGCUGAAGUGGCCUACGAGAAGUUUGAUAAGCGAAUCGACGGAUAUACGAAAGUUCUUAUCCAUCCUAAUGGUGGUUUCUAG